UUUCUUAUCUUAUAUUGAUGCGCAACCUUUUUCUAAAUCCAACUCCCUCACGUCUUUCUCAAAUCUCAGUCCCUCACGCCUUCCUCACUGUCGACGACGGAGAUCCGCCGGAGCAACUUGAGUUGAUCGAUAUGGAAGACUCAUCUCCAAGUUUUGUUGAGGGAAUUCGGGAAAGUGAUGAAGACUAUGAGUUCCAAGUUUUGCCAUCUCCACGUAAUUGGUUGCGUGGAUAUUCCAAUGAUGAUGAAGACUAUGAGCUCAAUGCUAAUGACCCAGUUGAUGCUUCAAACGUUAUUGAUGUGGAAGAGCGUCAUUCAAAUGCUUAGAUUUUAUUUUAAUUGUACUUCGUUGUUUCUCUUAAACAUGUAAUGGGCUAAACCUUGGUGAUAUUUGACUACUUAUUGUACUUUAAUAUCUUUAGUUUUAAGUUUGAACAUAUAUUGACAUGAAAGUAAUUUAUAUGUA